AUGAGCAGCCUGGCCUUGUACCGGGGCAUCUACACCGAGGAGCGCUUCCAACAGGUCUACGGGGCCCCACAAACACCAGAGAGUGACCUGGCAGGGAUGCUGAAGGACAGGCUGGCUCGGGGCUGCCACUGUUCCAGGGCUGCCGCUUUGCACUUCCUCCAGGGCAGGCUUCCCAUUGCCCGCUGGCUGCCUAGGUACCGGCCCAGGAAGUGGCUUCUGGGGGAUGUGGUUGCAGGGCUAACCGUGGGGAUUGUGCACAUCCCACAAGGAAUGGCCUUUGCCUUGCUCACCUCAGUGGCACCGGUCUAUGGGCUCUACACUUCGUUUUUCCCUGCUUUACUGUACAUGCUCUUUGGCACGGGGCGUCACGUGUCCACAGGUACCUUUGCUGUGGUCAGUCUGAUGACAGGCUCCGUCGUGGAGCGUUUGGUUCCUAUACCCCUGCAGUCCAAUGGCACGGACCCUGCUGAAGCAGCUUUGCUCGAGGGGCAGCGCAUCGGUGUCGCCGCUGCCAUGGCCUUCCUUAUGGGGUUCCUCAUGACAGGGAUGUUUACUUUUCACCUGGGCUUCCUGUCCACCUAUCUCUCGGAGCCUGUCGUCAAGGCCUUUACCAGCGGUGCCGCUUUGCAUGUGGUGGUGUCCCAGCUUCAGAGCCUCCUGGGACUGCCCCUACCUCGUCCUGAUGGCUGGUUCACCAUCUUCAAGAUGCUGGCGUCUGUGGUGGAAGCCUUUCCCUUAACCAACAUAGCUGAACUGCUGAUCUCAGGCCUCUGCCUGGCUGUGCUGGUGCCCAUCAAGGAGAUCAACAACCGCUACCGUAGCCGGAUGUGGGUCCCCAUCCCAGGAGAGAUCAUCAUGGUAUUGUUGGCCACUGGCAUUUGCUUUGCCUCUUCCCUCAACACCCACUACAACGUGCAGAUUGUCGGACACCUCCCAGCAGGGUUCCCACAACCCCAGCUCCCAGCCCUGCGUCUGCUGCCCCAAGUGCUGGGCGACACGGUGGCCCUCACUUUCGUGGCCUACGCCGUCUCAGUGUCUCUGGCCAUGAUCUACGCUGAGAAGCACCACUAUACCAUUGAUCCCAACCAGGAGCUCUUGGCCCAUGGCCUCUCAAACCUGGUCUCCUCCAUGUUCACCUGCUUCCCCAGCUCAGCCACUCUGGCUACAACCAACAUCUUGGACAGUGCCGGUGGAUACACACAGCUCUCUGGUCUUUUCACGAGCGCGGUGGUCCUGGUUGUGCUGAUGUGGAUCGGGCCGCUCUUCUACUACUUGCCGAAGGCUGUCCUGGCGUGCAUCAACGUCACCAGCCUUCGUCAGAUGUUCCUGCAGUUCCAGGACCUGCCUGAGCUGUGGAGGAUCAGCCGUGUUGACUUUGCUGUAUGGGUGGUCACGUGGCUCUCUGUGGUUGUGAUCAACGUAGACCUUGGCUUGGCAGUGGGAGUGGUAUUCUCCAUGAUGACUGUGGUGUGCCGCACACAGAGGGCUGAAUGCUUGGUGUUGGGCAGGGCGGCUGACACAGAGAUCUACAGGCCCAUCAAGGAAAACAGCAAGUGCUUCGAGAUCCCAGGGGUGAAGAUUUUAAGCUACCAGGCCCCCAUCUAUUAUGGGAACCGCAGUUUCUUCCGUGACGCUGUGAGCCGUCUAGUAGGGCUGAGCCAGGAGCGGGAGCCGUACGAGGAUCGAGGCCCAGAGAUCAAGAUGCACAUCAGCACUGUGGUGAGUUAG